GCGAGCUCUAGCGGAGUUGAAAAACAGAAAUUUGAAGAUGCACCAGCAUCUUUCAAAUCUUCAGUGUGGAAUCAUUUUGGCUUUGGGGUUGAGUACAACGACGAAGGAGGGAAAACAAUCAACAGAAAUUACACUGUAAACUUUGUUUGGCACAUGUCGCAUACUCCAAAGGAAACACGAGCAAUAUGUCAAAGCAUAUCCAGCGAAAGCAUCCAGACAUAACGCUUCAUGAACACAGGUCAGUCGAGCAACCCGAACAGGCACUAGCAGAAAAAAAACAAUUGUCUAUUGAGAAUGCUUUUGCUCAGACCUACCGGGCCUCUUCAGAGAAACACAGAAAGAUAACCGGUGCAUUGGGAGUGUUUAUCGAUAAAGAUUUACAGCCCUUUUCUGUAGUAGAGGAUGUGGGGUUUAAACAUUUAAUGAAAACGCUCGACCCACGUUAUGCUGUGCCCAGUCGCACUUAUUUCAGUGCGGUUGUCAUCCCUGGUCUUUACGACAAAACGCGCAAAGCCAUCGAGAGUGAUUUGGCGAAAACAGAAAGCCUCGCACUGAUUACGGACAGUUGGACUUCUCGGGCAACACAGAGCUACAUGACUGUGAUGGUUCUCUACAUUUUGGACUGGCAGAUGAAAAGUGCCGUGCUGCAGACCCGCCCACUCUAUGAAAGCCACACAAGUGCGCAUUUAGCAGAGGAGUUGAAAAAUGCAGUCACCGAGUGGAAGCUGCAGCGGCCAAAUACAACUAUACCCGUCACCACAGAUAAUGCUGCAAACAUAGUUAAUGCAGUCAAUGAAACUGUUGAGCUGGGACCCCAAAUUGGCUGUUUUGCUCACACUUUGAAUCUCGCGGCCAAGAGGGCAGUGUCAAUCAACGCUGUGUCCCGCCUCCUUGGGAAAGUGAGGAAAGUUGUCACCUUUUUUCACCGCAGCACCACAGCCAACCAAGCACUUGCUGUGAAACAGGAAAUGUUAAACUUGCCAAAGCACAAGUUAAUCAAUGAUGUGAUAACUCGGUGGAACACAUCACAUGACAUGUUGUCACGAUAUGUUGAGCAGCAGCCUGCCAUCUAUUCGGCAUUAACAAUGGACAAAAACCUGAGGAGCCACGUCACGGGCAUUGCAAUGUUGACUGAUGUAGAACAAAAAAUGGCAGAGCAACUAAUUGAAGUACUCAAACCACUGAAGACUGUGACAACACUCAUGAGCAGUGAAACAACCCCCACAAUUUCAAUGAUCCUCCCACUGAAGGAAAUGAUUCUCAAAUCCAUGGUACCUGGAGAUGAAGACAGUACAGUUAUCAAAGAAGCCAUUGCACAGGACCUGGAUAGAAGAAGGUACACUAACCCUGACCUUCAGAAGUACCUCCAAAAAGCCACAGCCCUGGAUCCCAGGUUUAAAUCCCUGCCCUCCCUUGAUGAAUCCUCCCUUGACAGACUCUACAAAGAUCUUGCCACAGAAAUCCUGGAGUAUGAACCACAGGUAUGAUGAUCUUAUUUUCUGUGAAUCUAUGGCUGUAUAUUUAUUUAAUGAUUAUUUUU